GCAGUUCAUUUAGUCUUUCUUAUUUCCCCAGUCUGGAUGUUCUGCUGCUUGUGAAACUGGAACAAUGGGUUGGUUAAAUUCAGGAUGGUUCCUUUGGGCCAGUUUUGUCGGAUUCAUAGCAUCCGUGCAGAGCAUAAGACGAGACGAGCUUUUCCCUUUCGGUUCGGGCGCAGGAGACCAGUUAUUGGACCCAGCGAAUGACCAGACAUACCGCCUCUCACUCACCAAGCCCCUGUUUUUUUAUGAUGGCACAUUCGACAGUAUUUUUAUCAACACGAACGGUUUUGUCGCCACAGCAAAACCAACAGAUGAGUCGGCAUACCUUGGUAAAAUGCCUCCAACGUUCGGCAUGGUGGCAGCCCUGCAGGGAGAUCUGGACACCAGUGACGGUGUGGGGAGAGUUUCCUUCCGUCAGGAUUAUAGCCCAGAUGUUCUCCGUCGGGCAGCUGAGCACAUCAACAGGGCAUUCCCGGAGGAUGAUGAGGUCAGUCCCACAGCUGCUGUGGUGAUCACCUGGAUUACCGUCGCCGCUCAUGAACCCCAAUCCAGAGAAGAUGGUAUUGAGAAGAAGAGGAACACCUUCCAGCUGGUUCUUGCAUCUCUGGACACUGCCUCAUAUGCCAUUCUCCUCUACCCAAGGGAUGGGGUACAGUUUGUAACCACGCCUUUAGGAGACGGUGAUAUGAUCAUGCAUGCUGGCUUCAGCAAAGGUUUGGUUGAAGGGUUCUCCGGUCCCAUACAGGGACAAUAUUACCGCACCACCACAGACAGCGAGGCUUCUGUUAGGGCGUUGGCAGAAGAGACCAACUCAGGCAUGCGUGGUGUAUGGGUGUACGAGAUUGGAACUUCUCCCCAUUUUUCCAACGUUGCUCCUGGGGAGGUCACCGAUCUGCCAACGGAGGCCCCACUAUCCGCUGCUGAAAGCCAUAGACUACAGAAUUCCUCUCCCAAUAAUCCCGACGCUGGGCAGAUUGAGGUCCUUCCCGUUCAAUACCAACUACUACAGCCGCAGAACCCAGAAGUAGUUGAGAUCGAUGACGCAGAGAUUGAUGUAAAUGUGUUCACAUACCUUCCUGGGACAUGUGCCACCAACAGAAACAAGUGCUCCCACUUUGCAGACUGCAGAGAUUAUGCCAGUGGAUACUGUUGCCACUGUAGACCUGGCUACUAUGGAAACGGCAUACAGUGUGUGGCAGAGGGAAAGCCACAGAGGAUGAAUGGUAAAGUAAAUGGACGGCUGUUUGUUGGCAACUCUCCAUCUCCCAUUGAAUUCAGCAGCAAGGACCUCCACUCAUACGUAGUGGUCAACGAUGGUCGAUCCUAUGUUGCCAUCAGCGAUAUUCCUGCUGAUCUGGGGCCUUCUCUGAUGCCGUUGUCCGCCAUCAGCGGUGCGAUCGGUUGGGCCUUUGCUCUUGAGCAACCUGGCUUUAAGAACGGCUUCAGCAUUAUUGGGGGGGAGUUCACCCGACAGGCUGAAGUAACCUUCCUCCCUGGGAACGAGAAGCUGACCAUUAGACAGGAGUUUAAAGGGACUGAUGAACAGGACCACCUGGUGGUGAGCACCACCAUUAAUGGCCAAAUCCCUGAGGUGCCUCUAGGUGCAAGCAUCCAGACAGACCCUUACACAGAAAUCUACCAGUACAGCAACAACUUGAUCACCUCAUCCUCUACUCACAACUACAAAGUGAUUUUGCCUGAUGGCUCCAAUGAAAACAGAAGGUAUCAAUGGAAUCAGAGAAUUUCCUUCCAGGGCUGCCAGCAUGGCAAUGCUUUGAGCGAUAUGAAGCCUACCCAGCUGCUCAGCGUGGACCAAGUCUUUGCUCUGUAUGAUGCUCCCAAUAACCUCCUUCGUUUGGCCAUGAGCAAUAAGAUUGGUGAUGUAAAUGGGGGGGAACCAGCAGACAACCCAUGUUUCACUGGGAGACACCGCUGUGACACCAAUGCUGUUUGCCGACCUGGCCAAGGAAACGACUUUACAUGCCAGUGUGCCUCUGGAUUUAAUGGCGAUGGCCGUACAUGUUUUGACAUCGAUGAAUGCAGAGAAAAUCCUGGGAUCUGUGGACCUAACUCCGUCUGCAACAAUCAACCUGGGACUUUCCGCUGCGAAUGUGAAGAUGGGUAUCAGUUUGGUACUGAUGGACGAACAUGCAUUGAGGUUGAUCGACCAGUGAACCACUGUGAUGAAGGAACGCAUAACUGUGACAUCCCAGAGCGAGCUCAGUGUAGCUACAACGGAGGUUCCUCCUACAUCUGCACCUGCCUACCAGGGUUCGUUGGAGAUGGGAAAAGCUGCCAAGACGUGGACGAGUGUCGGCCGAGCCGGUGCCAUCAGAACGCGGUGUGCACUAACACACAGGGUUCGUUCAUCUGCCAGUGCCGACCCGGUUACAGCGGAGACGGCUUCUACUGCUCCACAGAAAGGGAGAAAACUCGAUGUGAGGCCAUCAGGGAAAGUCUUUUGGAUCAGACCAGCUUCAAUCCACGUGGGCCUCGUCUUCCUGUCGGCCAGUUUAUCCCACGGUGUGAUGAAAAUGGUGAUUUUCUGCCAGUUCAGUGCCACGACAGCACUGGACAGUGCUGGUGUGUAGAUCGAAAUGGACAAGAGAUCCCUGGGACAAGCACCGGCCCCGGCAGCAGUCUGUUCUGUAUUCCCUAUGGUACUGUGGCUCCACCUGUGGGACCCCGGCCCACACCUCAUGUGGUUUUGCCCCCAGGGACGCACCUCCUGUUUGCGCAGAGCGGCAGAAUAGAUCACAUCCCAAUGGAAGAUUAUAAUAUGAAAAAGGAAGAAGCUAAGGCUGUCCUCCAUCUGCCUGGUAAGGUAAUCAUUGGAGUGGCCUACGACUGCAAGGAGAAAAUGAUUUAUUGGACAGACAUUACAUCUCCUUCAAUUAGCAAGGCCAGCAUCGACGGAGGGGAACCCACUGCCGUCAUUACGUCAGGUCUAAGCAGUCCUGAAGGAAUCGCCAUUGACCACCUUGGAAGAACGAUGUUCUGGACGGAUUCUAUGAAUGAUUGCAUUGAGGUGGCGUCUCUUGAUGGGGCCCAGCGUCGUGUCCUCAUUAACACAGAUCUUGUGAACCCUCGAGCCAUCAUUACAGACCCCGUUAACGGGAAUUUGUACUGGGCGGACUGGAAUCGUGAGGCUCCUAAGAUUGAAACCUCCUACAUGGAUGGAUCCAACAGGAGAGUCUUGGUUCAGAGCGAUCUGAUGCUGCCGAACGCCUUAACUUACGACCCUCAGACUUCGUUGCUGUGUUGGGCAGAUGCAGGCACACAUAAAAUGGAGUGCAUGAAUCCUGGCCGCGGCCAACGCAGCACGGUGUUGGAAGGAAUCCACUACCCGUUUGGAAUUACAACUUUUGGGAAGAACAUCUACUACACUGAUUGGAAAAGGAAUGCAGUUGUUGAAGUGGACCAUUACGCUGAACAGGAGUCAGAUGAGUUCCUGCCACAGAAACGGGCCAACGUCUAUGGAAUCACCACAGCAUACGCCCAGUGUCUUCCAGGGCAAAACUACUGUUCUGUGAACAACGGAGGCUGCACUCACCUCUGUUUAGCAACACCGAGAGGCCGCUCCUGUAGGUGUCCCGACAACGGAGAGAGCCUGGGCUGCUACGAGAGAGAUUACUAAAACAUGGAGGGUUGGAGACGUUUGAACCACUCAGUGAUGCAACUUUUUUUUAUGUCACAAAAAUCUUUUUAAUUUUUUCUACUCAGAAGAAUCCCAUUCAUAAUAGGUUCUGUAAAUAAAAAUGACACUAUCAUGUUUAAUUAUUUCCUGAGUGCACAUAAACUGAGAAUAAAGCUCAAGGGAUCCAUAAUUUAAUGUGAAGAUUAUUAGAGGAGCACCUGGCAGCAUCUGAUGUCAGCUGUGUUACACUGUAUGUUUGACAUAAAGCUGAUCUUAGGGUCUUAAUGUUGACUCAAUAGGAUAAACACAUCUGUAAAGCUGGUAGAAUCACUUUACCUACUGACCAGCUAAUAAAUAAAUGUUUUUU